AUGCCCGGCCAGCAGCAUGAUGAGAAGUUCAGUAAACGACAUGCCAUGGACAAGCCCAUGCUAGGCUUUGGCACACCGAAGAGCCUUGAAGGUUCACCGCUCACAGCGCACUUCGUUGCUGCUUCGGGCGAGUUCGUGGGGACCUUCAUGUUCCUCUUGUUCGCCUUCCUGGGUCACAUUAUGGCUGUGGAUCAGGCACCCAACAUUGGAUCAAACGGAAGCAUUAGCAAUCAGACGGUGAUCUACAUCGCCCUGGCCUACGGCAUGAGCUUGUUGGUGACAGUAUGGACAAUGUACAGGAUAUCUGGAGGAUUGUUCAACCCGGCUGUGACUCUUGGUCUCGUCAUUACGGGCAACCUGCCACCUGUGAGGGGUGCAAUCCUCUUUCCUGUACAGAUUCUCAGCGGCAUCUGUGCAGCGGCUGUAGCGAGCGCUAUAAUUCCUGGUGACAUUAAAACAGUACAGACGGCGAUUUCACCCGGUGUGAGCGUAGCGCAAGGUGUCUUCCUGGAGAUGUUCCUGACUGCCGAACUCGUCUUCACAGUUCUUAUGCUCGCUGCUGAAAAGUCGAAAGACACCUUCAUCGCACCCAUCGGCAUCGGGUUGUCCUUGUUCGUCGCAGAAAUAGCUGGAGUAUAUUACACCGGUGCAUCACUAAAUCCGGCUCGAUCGUUCGGACCAUGCGUGGUUGGACGUAACUUUCAGCACUACCACUGGAUCUACUGGAUCGGCCCAUUCUUGGGUGCUCUGAUCAGCGGAGGAUAUUACCACUUUGUCAAGUUCUUCCACUACGAGGAAGCUAAUCCAGGUCAGGAUAGCUCGGGCGGUCAAUUCGACCGUGAGGUAGAAGAGAUGAAUAGCACACCAUCCAGUCCUCGCGGCGACGAAGAAGAACAACGAGGUCUUGAGACGAUCGACAGCCGGGUGGACAAUGGUGGGAGGAGGGAAGGCACGAAUGGAUAUCACCCUGGGUACGCUCCUGGCCGUGCUUGA